CCGCAUGAGCGGAAAUACGCGCCUCAGGUUGAACGCACGUAUUGCACAGUGCUGCAGCGACCUGCGGUUGCCGUUUGACAGGGAGGCAAAGAGGAAGGUUCCCAAGGCUGAGAUGAAUGAGACUCAGACCAACUGUGAGCGUCCUCAGAGGAGAGCAGGCGUUAAGGAGCACCGCAAUGGGAGGUCUGCUACUAAGGAGGCAGAUGCUGCAUCUCUGAGUGAACUGAAGCAGAGGGAUAAAAAGGAGAGACUCACUCUGGUGCUAUGGAACAGGCCUGCUCUUACUCUUCACUACUUCCUCCUAGAAAUGUUCAUCACUCUGAAGGAAUGGAUUAGGAGGCUGUGGCAGCAGAGAGGAACGGCCUUCGCUUUCCUGCUACUCCUUUUCCUCUUCUUCAUCACUUACUCCAUCGAAGGAGCACAUCAGAAGCUCUGUCCUCCCCGAACUCCGCAACAGCAAGCAACAACAACUCGCACAGAGUAUGUGCGGCUGCUGGAGAAGAAGUGCCUGUGGUGCGCCUACUGGCUGGGCUUGGGUAUUCUCUCGUCCGUCGGACUCGGCACUGGCUUGCACACCUUCCUCCUUUACCUGGGUCCCCACAUAGCUUCAGUCACACUGGCUGCCUACGAGUGUGGCUCAGUGGACUUCCCCGAGCCACCCUACCCUGACCAGAUCAUCUGUCCCCAGGCAGAGCCAGGAGAAGGGAUAGGAGUGGCAGAAGGAGCUGUAAUAGGGACAGUGGCUGGAGAUGUCUCUCUCUGGGCCAUCAUCUCGAAAGUGCGUCUUGAGGCAUGUAUGUGGGGUGCAGGGACUGCUAUCGGAGAACUUCCCCCAUAUUUCAUGGCUCGGGCUGCUCGAUUGUCAGGCACAGAGCCAGAUGAUGAAGAUUACUCAGAGUUUGAGGAGAUGCUGGAACAGACUGACACUGUACAGGAUUUUGCCACCCGAGCGAAGCUUACAGUGCAGAAAAUGGUUCAGAGAGUUGGAUUUUUUGGAAUACUUGCCUGUGCUUCCAUUCCAAAUCCACUCUUUGACCUUGCAGGAAUAACCUGUGGACAUUUCCUAGUGCCUUUCUGGAGCUUUUUUGGAGCCACACUCAUUGGCAAAGCAGUAAUAAAAAUGCACAUCCAGAAACUGUUUGUGAUCAUUACCUUCAGCAAGCACAUAGUGGAACAGAUGGUGUCCCUCAUUGGUGCUGUUCCCCUGUUUGGCGCCUCUCUCCAGAAACCUUUCAGAGAGUAUCUCGAGACUCAGAGGGCAAAGCUGCACCGUGCCGGAGAGACCGCACCAGCUGAUGAAAACUGGCUCUCCUGGGUGUUUGAGAAGGUGGUGAUCAUCAUGGUUUGCUUUUUCGUCUUCUCCAUCAUCAACUCCAUGGCUCAAAGCUACGUCAAGCGCAUCCAGCAGCAGAAAUACUCAGAGGGCAAAAUCAAAUGAGGGAACUUUGUGGGGGGGGCAUGGAGAGAAAUAGGGUGAAUAAGAGAUUUUACUCAGAGAUUUAGCAUUGGCAUUUUAUAACAAAUAAGCUUACUUUAAUGAGACUUGACUGCAUCUUGAUGUAUUAACAUCAGCAUAAGCGCAUCGGCUUAGAGCAAUUCUUAAUUUAACCUAGAUGUCUUUAGUAAGCGUGUCCAUCUAUAAUUUGUUGCUCUUUUGUGCUUUUUUUGCACCGUUUGGCUACUUGUUUGUGGCUUAUUGCUGUGCUUCUUAAAGAGGUAGAUUUUGGGAGAUAUUUUGUAGUUUUAGAGACACCGUAGUAUAGUUUUUCUUUGGCAGGAAGUGAUCAUCAGUUCCUUUUUAAAAGCAGCUGGUUGAACCAUUUCAUCUUUAAGCAAGGCCUUAAUCUACUUUGUGCUUUAGAUUACAACAUAUCGCAGACUCUUUAACCUUAUUUUAUUUAUAUAUGUAUAUAAUAUAUCUAUCUCAAAUAUAAGCGGUAUAGAAAUUAUUGUAGAUUUUAAGUUUGCUUUUCACGGAAUGACUUUUAAGGUCUUCCAAGGACUGCAGCCUUUUUAAAGAAAAAAGAAUCCGUACUAUUUACGUAUUGUCUCAUAAGACAUUAUAUAAGAAGUAAUAUAAUGCAUAGAUAUAUGUGUAGAUCUGACUGCGCAUUUUAUUAAGAAUCUCAAGUAGAGUAUUUGGUGCUUAUUUCACUUUAUUUGACUUCUUGGAUAGAUGACUUCUUUUUAAAUAAGAUGUUCAGACUUAAGUAAAUUUUUGAAGUAAGUAAAAAUAAGUAAGUAAAAAAACUACUCAGACUGUAUAAAAGCUCAGUGACUCAUAAUGUUGCUUUUGUCUGGAGUCAUUGUUUUGUUUCCAGAGCGAGACAGAAAGAGAGCAAAUGAGUCAGACCAGGGCUGUGCAACCAGAUGCAAUAAUACACGGAAUCAGAUUAAGACGUGUGUGUGUGUGUGUGUGUGCGUGCGUUUGUGCACAUAUGUGUGUGGGUGGUUGCCUACUUACUGUUCUUGUGUAGUUGUACUUCUCGUGUAUUCUUUAUAUCCUCACUGAGGUUUUCUCUGAAGAACUUCCUGACUAGAACAGUGCUCACUUAGGCAGAACAGUGGGGUCUGGCUGAUGGGGUGUUAAGUGCUUGUACUGAUGGGACUGGGUGUAGGUACGUCAGUAAUACAGAGGAUGGUAUUAAAGUCCUCCUUUGCUUCACAGUGUCUGUUGGCCCCACUCUUUUAGGUAAUGUCAGUGUGAUUCAUUCAGAAGUUUCUAACCCAGGCUCAACCCCUUUUAAAGAUGCAAGGGCUCGCUUAUGCCUGGUCCCACUCCCCAUAACAUGGGACACCACUUAAAAUAGUGUUAUGUCAUUGUUUAUUUUUUCCUUUCUCCAUGGUGAGAUUGUGUUGUAUGAAAGGCCUAAUCCAUGGGUUUCUUGUCUGCCUUUUUUUUUCCUUUUUCUUUUUCUUUUAAUUGCUUGUGAAAUGUUUUUUCUCCCUCCUCUGUGUCUUUUUGUAACGCUGCCUUGGUAUGCUAGCCUGGAAGCUUCAGGCGUAUAAAAAAUGGAACAGUGUGGAGUUUCUUUGCCGUUACCUUAACUGAACCCAGGGCUGAACUCGAUGCACUGUGCUGCUGGCAGAGACGAUGAGGGAGAGAGGGAGAGAGAGAGAGAGAGAGAGAGAGAGAGAGAGAGGGAGAGAGAGAGAGGGAGAGAGGGCGCGAGCAGGAGAAGACAAGCAGGAGGCUAGACUGAGCUUAGCUAGCACACACGCUCGUCACUGAGUGGGAAACGCAUUUUAGACCGUUGUGAGGGGACUUAUAUCAUUAUAUUAGAAAAUAAUCGAUGGUCUCCCACCCUACCAUACCACCAUCUCCACCACCACCACCACCUCCUUCCUCUCCUCUUUGUCCAUGGUAAGUGUUCUUUUCUUCCCUUCAUUUUGUUCUUUUCGCGUGUGGGUCAGGCAUUUCCAUCCGUCUCUCCCAGUGUGUCAGAUAGCUUAUCAGACUGGUGUUGGCUGUUACAUUGCAUGGCGACAACAGUCUGUAGGCUGUCUGACAUUUUGGGCUCUUUCAUCCAAAAAAAUGCAUCUUAUUUGUAGUCUCCCCUUCUUGGUGUUGGUCUUAUUUUUUUAUUUUUCCUUUUUUGUUACGCUGCCAUUACCUUUUAAUUUUACUGCUCUGCUAUGGCAGAAGAGAGGUCUGUAUCAACUGAACAGUAUCUGGAUUUUUUUUUUUUUUUUUUUUUUUGCAACAGGUAAAAUCUUUGCAUAAAUGAAAUGAUUGCCAUCUUUCAUUUUCUGCAUCUCUGCUCAGACCUGUACUGUCAGAAUGGUGUGUGUCUGUGUGUGUAUGUGCAUGCAUCUUUGUGUGCGUACCGCUGUUUGCGUGUGUGUGCGCUUGUGUGUUUCCGGGGCUUACCUCCGCCCACUUAAAUUUCUUGUGGAUCCAGAAAGAACACACCUUAUUGCAACACACACUGUUAUGACACAGUUUUGGUGUUCGGAACGCUUCCCCCUCCUUUCUGGAACCUUGAAUCUGUUGCUCAACGCUUUUGUCUCUGGGUCUCAUGACUACGUUCAUUUGUUCAUCGAUUGUUUUUGCCCAGAGUUUUUAUUUGGGUUGAGUUAAAAUCAUGGCUUGUCCAAUUAAUGCUCAUUCUGUGGUCAUUAAAAUCCAGGGCAAAGCUGACUUACCUUUUGAGAGAUGACUUGUUUUUUUCCAUCGACUUGGGAUGAAGAGGCUUUUUUGUGUUGUAAAAACUUUGGAAUGGUCUGGUUGGCUUGCAGAUUCAGGGAGUAUGUUUUCCUUAAUAGUGUUCUGAACAUCCUGUUCUUAAGGGGAGCCCCCUCUUGGCAAAUGUUGCUUUUCUGUAUGACUGUAUGUAUGUGUAUGUGCUUAUAUAAGUGUAUGUGUAUUAAAAUAAAUAAAGUUGUUUUGAAUUCCCA